AUGCUGCUGCGUGCCCUCCUCUAUGGGGUGUUGUGGGCACUGGCUUAUGGGCGGUGGUGUGAGUGGACAGAGACAAUCCAUGUGGAAGAGGAAGUAGCCCCUCGCCAGGAGGACCUGGUGCCCUGCACCAGUCUCUACCAUUACAAUCGCCUGGGCUGGCGGCCGGCCCUGCCCUGGAGUGGCCGUGCAGGGCUCACGGGGCCACCAGUGCCUGGACUCUGUCCCAUCUACAAGCCCCCGGAAACCCGGCCUGCCACGUGGAACCGGACAGUGAGGGCAUGCUGCCCAGGCUGGGGCGGCACCCACUGCACUGAGGCUCUCGCCAAAGCCGGCCCUGCCAGCCACUGCUUUGCCACCUGGCAUUGCCAGCUGCUGGCAGGCUCAGUUAAUGCUUCAGCAGGCAGCCUGGAGGAGUGCUGCUCCCAGCCCUGGGGACACAGCUGGUGGAACGGCAGCUCCCAGGCCUGCCUCAGCUGUUCCAGCCAGCGCCUCCCAGGCAACACCUCUUCCCCGGCCCUCCUGCAGCCCCUGGCAGGGGCCGUGGGCCAGCUCUGGAGCCAGCGCCAGCGUCCCUCAGCCACCUGUGCCACCUGGUCUGGCUUCCACUACCGUACCUUUGAUGGGCGCCACUACCACUUCCUGGGCCGCUGCACCUACCUGCUGGCAGGCGUGGCUGAUUCCACCUGGGCUGUCCACCUGCGGCCUGGGGGCCACUGUCCCCAGCCUAGGAACUGUCAGUCGGUUCGUGUGGCAAUGGGCCCUGAGGAGGUGCUGGUCCAGGCUGGCGACGUCUCUGUGAAUGGGCAGCUGGUCCCCAAGGGGGAGUCUCGGCUGCUCCACGGGUUGAGCCUGCAGUGGCAGGGGGACUGGCUGGUGCUGUCAGGGGGCCUGGGAGUCGUUGUGCGGCUGGACAGGUCCAGUGCAGUCUCCAUCUCGGUGGACCAUGAGCUCUGGGGACUGACACAGGGCCUCUGUGGUCUCUAUAAUGGCCGGCCUGAGGACGACUUUGUGGAACCGGGCGGGGAACUGGCCAUGUUAGCUGCCACCUUUGGGAAUUCCUGGAGGCUCCCUGACUCUGAGCCUGGGUGUCUGGAUGCAGUGGAGGUGGCCCAGGGCUGUGAGGGCCUCCUGGGGGACACAGGGGCAGGAGUUGAACCAGGCCGACUGCGAGCGGAAGCCCAGGACGUGUGCCACCAACUGCUGGACAGUCCAUUCCGGCAGUGCCAUGCCCAGGUUCCCCCAGAUGAAUACCACGAGGCCUGCCUCGUUGCCUACUGUGCAGGGGCCAUGGCAGGCAGCAGUUGGGAGGAGCUACGGCAGACCGUGUGCACCACCUUCACCAUCUACGCCCAGACCUGUGCCAAGCAGCGUGUCCACGUGCACUGGCGGAAGCCUGGCUUCUGUGAGCGCCUGUGCCCUGGGGGCCAGCUCUACUCGGACUGCGUCUCCUCCUGCCCACGCAGCUGCUCAGCAGUGGGUGAGGCCGAGGAGCCGUCCUGCCGAGAAGAGUGUGUGAGCGGCUGUGAGUGCCCGGUCGGCCUCUUCUGGGAUGGCGCCCUCUGUGUGCCCGUUGCCCGAUGCCCCUGCUACCACCGGCGCCAGCGCUAUGCCCCUGGUGACACUGUGCACCAGCUGUGUAACCCAUGCGUGUGCCGGGAUGGCCUCUGGCACUGUGCCCAGGCCCGGUGCCCUGCUGAGUGUGCAGUGGGCGGGGACGGCCACUACCUCACGUUUGAUGGGCGGAGCUUCUCCUUCCGAGGCAGCCAGGGUUGCCGCUACAACUUGGUGCAGGACUACACGAAGGGGCAGCUGCGGAUCACGCUGGAGCACGGGGCCUGCGACUCUGGCAGCUGCCUCCACGCCCUCUCUGUCUCUCUGGGAGAUACCCAUGUCCAGCUCAGGGACUCAGGAGCUGUCCUGGUUGAUGGUGAGGAUGUGCGCUUGCCCUGGACUGGUGCUAGAGGGCUCAGCAUCUUCCAUGCCUCCUCUACCUUCCUGAUGCUGCGCUGGCCAGGGGCCCGACUCCUCUGGGGGCUAUCUGACCCGGCAGCCUACAUCACCUUGGACCCUCGGCUUGCCCAUCAGGUGCAGGGCUUGUGUGGCACCUUCACCUGGAACCAGUGGGAUGACUUCCUGACACCGGCAGGGGACGUGGAGACCAGCGUUGCUGCCUUCACUAGCAAGUUCCAGGUGCUGGGCAAGGAAAGCUGCCCCCCAGGGGACAAUGCCCCCCUCUCUCCUUGCAGCAUCCACUCCCAGCACCACACUUUUGCAGAGGCAGCCUGUGCCAUCCUGCAAGGCUCAACCUUCCAGGAGUGCCACGGGCUGGUGGACAGGGAGCCAUUCCGGCUGCGCUGCCUGGCAGCCGUGUGUGGCUGUGCCGCCGGCAGGGACUGCCUGUGCCCAGUGCUUUCUGCCUAUGCGCGCCGCUGUGCCCAGGAGGGGGCCCCGCCUCUCUGGAGGAAUGAAACCCUCUGCCCUGUGCUGUGUCCUGGAGGCCAGGAGUACCAGGAGUGUGCUCCGGUGUGUGGUCUGCACUGUGGACAGCCAGAAGACUGCGGGGAGCUGGGUGGCUGUGUGGCUGGUUGUAACUGCCCCCCAGGGCUGCUGUGGGACCCCGAGGGCCAGUGUGUGCCCCCCAGCCUUUGCUCCUGCCAGCUUGGAGCCCGCCGCUAUGCACCUGGCAGUGCCAUCACAAAGGACUGCAACCACUGUGUCUGCCAGGACAGGGGUCUCUGGAACUGCACAGCUCACCGCUGCCCCCCACAGCAGACAUUCUGCCCCCGGGAGCUUGUCUACGCCCCUGGUGCCUGCCUCCUCACCUGCGACAGCCCCAGCGCCAACCUCUCCUGCCCCACAGGUGGCACUGACAGCUGUGUCUGUCCCCCAGGCACCGUGCUGCUGGAGGAACGCUGUGUGCCUCCUGACCUCUGUCCCUGCCGUCACAGUGGGCGGUGGUACCCACCCAAUGCCACCAUCCAGGAAGACUGCAAUGUUUGUGUGUGCCUGGACCGGCAGUGGCACUGCACAAAGCAUCAGUGCAGUGGUUGGUGCCAGGCAUCCGGCGCCCCCCACUAUGUGACCUUUGAUGGACUGGCCCUCACCUUCCCUGGGGCCUGUGAGUACCUGCUGGUGCGAGAGGCCAGCGGCCACUUCAGUGUCUCUGCCCAGAACCUUCCCUGCGGGGCCAGUGGCCUCACCUGCACCAAGGCACUGGCUGUGCAUCUGGAGACCACUGUCGUGCACCUGCUCAGAGGCCGGGCGGUGAUGGUGAAUGGGGUGAGCAUUACACCCCCCAAGGUCUACACAGGCCCUGGGCUGAGCCUGCGCCAAGCUGGCCUCUUCCUGCUGCUGACAACCCGCCUGGGCCUCACCCUGCUCUGGGAUGGAGGCACCCGGGUCCUGGUGCAGCUCUCUCCCCAGUUCCGUGGCCGAGUGGCUGGGUUGUGUGGAGACUUUGACGGAGAUGCCAGUAAUGACCUGCGGAGCCGCCAGGGAGUCCUGGAGCCCACAGCUGAGCUAGCUGCCCACUCCUGGCGCCUCAGUCCCCUCUGUCCUGAGCCAGGAGACCUGCCGCACCCCUGCACUGUGAACGCCCACCGGGCCGGCUGGGCUCGGGCCCGCUGCGGGGUGAUGCUGCAGCCACUUUUUGCCCAGUGCCACUCCACAGUGGCCCCACAGCAGCACUACGAGUGGUGUGUUUACGAUGCCUGCGGCUGCGAUUCGGGAGGUGACUGUGAGUGCCUCUGCUCUGCCAUCGCCACCUACGCAGACGAGUGUGCCCGGCACGGCCACCAUGUGCGCUGGCGCAGCCAGGAGCUAUGCCCCCUGCAGUGUGAAGGCGGACAGGUGUAUGAGGCCUGUGGGCCCACAUGUCCCCCAACCUGCCAUGACCACCAGUCUGUGCCUGAGUGGCACUGCCGGGCAGUUGCCUGCGUGGAAGGCUGCUUCUGCCCUGAGGGGACCCUGCUGCAUGGAGGAAGCUGCGUGGAGCCGGCUGCCUGCCCCUGUGAGUGGGGUGGCAGCUCCUUCCCGCCAGGGACUGUGCUGCAGAAGGACUGCGGGAACUGUACGUGCCAGGAAAGCCAGUGGCACUGUGGCAGUGAUGGUACCCACUGUGAGGAGCUGGUGCCUGGCUGUGCAGAGGGAGAGGCCCCAUGCCGGGAGAGCGGGCACUGUGUGCCCCAUGAGUGGCUUUGUGACAACCAGGAUGACUGUGGCGAUGGUUCAGACGAGGAUGGCUGUGCCACCCCAGGCUGUGGUGAGGGGCAGAUGUCCUGCAGCUCUGGCCACUGCCUGCCCCUGGCCCUGCUCUGUGAUGGGCAGGAUGAUUGUGGAGAUGGCAUGGAUGAGCAAGGCUGCCCGUGCCCACCAGACUCAUUGGCCUGUGCUGAUGGGCACUGCCUGCCCCCCGCCCUGCUGUGCGAUGGGCACCCUGACUGCCCAGAUGCUGCUGAUGAAGAAUCCUGUCUGGGGCAGGUGGACUGCGUGCCUGGGGAGGUGUUCUGUGCUGAUGGUACCUGUGUGCGGGCCUUCCAGCUCUGUGACGGAGCCUGGGACUGCCCUGAUGGCGCGGAUGAGGGGCCUGGGCAUUGCCCCCUGCCCUCUCUGCCGGUGCCCCCCGCUGGCACCUUGCCUGGCCCAUCCACUGGCUCUGUGGACACUGCACCAAAUUCCUCCGCCAGCAGCGGCGCUGCGCCUCCCUGCGGCCCCUGGGAGUUCCUGUGCGGCAGCGGCGAGUGCACACCGCGGGGCUGGCGCUGCGACGCCGAGGAGGACUGCACCGACGGCAGUGACGAGCGCGGCUGCGGCCGGCCCUGUGAGCCGCACCACGUGCCCUGCGCCAGCGGCCCGCACUGCGUGGCCCCGGGGCAGUUCUGCGACGGCGUGCGGCAGUGCCCCGACGGCUCCGACGAGGCUCCCGACGCCUGCGAGAGGCUGCCAGCCCCAGGAGGCCCCAACAGGACAGGGGACCCCUGCCCAGAAUACACUUGCCCAAAUGGCGUCUGCAUUGGUUUCCAGCUGGUGUGUGAUGGGCAGCCCGACUGCACGUUGGCAGGGGAGGCAGGGCCCUCCCCAGAAGAACAGGGUUGCGGGGCCUGGAGCCCCUGGAGCCCGUGGAGCCCGUGCAGCCAGACCUGCGGGCCUGGGGUGCAGGGCCGGAGCCGCCGCUGCUCCCCACCCAGUGUUCCAGUGCUGCAGUACUGCCCAGGCCCCGAGCACCAGUCUCAGGCCUGCUUCACUGUGGCCUGCCCAGUGGACGGUGAGUGGAGCUCCUGGUCACCCUGGUCUGUGUGCUCUGACCCAUGCCAAGGGACUGUGACACGGCAGCGCCAGUGCCACCCGCCCCAGAAUGGAGGCCAGGCCUGUGCCUUGCUGCCUGGAGGCCCUCACAGCACCCGCCAAACUAAGCCCUGCUCCCAGGACGGCUGCCCCAAUGCCACCUGCUUGGGGGAGCUAGUGUUCUGGCCCUGUGCCCCCUGCCCUCUGACCUGUGAUGACAUCUCUGUCCAGGCCAGGUGCCCACCUGACCAUUCCUGCAGCAGCCCAGGCUGCUGGUGCCCAGAAGGGCAGGUGCUGGGCAGUGAGGGGCGGUGUGUGUGGCCUCGGCAGUGUCCCUGCCUGGUGGAUGGUGCCCGCUACUGGCCGGGGCAGCACAUCAAGACCAACUGCCGACUCUGUGUCUGCCAAGAUGGGAGGCCGCGACGCUGCCGGCCCAACCCAGACUGUGCAGUGAGCUGUGGCUGGUCAUCUUGGUCCCCCUGGGCCGAGUGCCUGGGCCCUUGUGGGAGCCAGAGCAUCCAAUGGUCCUUCCGGAGUCCCAACAACCCCCGCCUCGUGGGCCAAGGUCACCAAUGCCGUGGCAUCCACCGCAAGGCCCGCAGGUGCCAGACGGAGCCGUGUGAGGGCUGUGAGCAGAGGGGCCAGGCCCACCGUGUUGGGGAGCGCUGGCGUGGGGGCCCCUGCCUUGUGUGCCAGUGUCUACACAACCACACUGCACACUGCUCCCCCUACUGCCCACUGGGCAGCUGCCCCGAGGGCUGGGUCCUAGUGGAAGGCGUGGGAGAAGCGUGUUGUCACUGUGCCCUGCCUGGAGAAAACCACACAGUGUCUCCAGUGGCCACUCCUGCCCAAGCUGCAGAGCCCAGUCCCCAGAUUGGACCCCGUCUGACCACCUACAUCCUGCCUUCACUGGGUGACCCCUGCUACGCUCCCCUGCACCUGCCCCAGCUGCCCGAGGAGGGUCUACACGCAUUGCCCCAGAAGCUGGAGCACCUCCUGGUGGCUCCCACCAAGGUUCCCCGCCCUCAGGCAUGGAGCCCGGGAGAGCACUACCUGCAGCUGGACCUGCUGCAGCCCCGAAACCUAACUGGCAUCAUCGUGCAGGGCGCUCGUCCCUCCAGUGCUUACGCCACCAGCUUCUCCCUCCAGUUCAGCAGUGAUGGUCUGCACUGGCAUGACUAUCAUGACAUCAUGCCGGGCACCCUGCCUCCACCCAAGCUUGUCCCUGGAAGUCAGGGUGGCGAGGCCCCCGAGGUGUGGACAUUUGGCCAGAUGGUGCAGGCGAGGUACAUCCGCGUGUGGCCCGGUGAUGUCCCCCGCAACAACGUUCAGCACAGCGUCUUCCUGCGGGCUGAGCUGCUGGGCUGUGAGACAGUGUCCCCGCCAGUGUCCCCAUGCCCAGGCGCCAGGCACCGCUGUGAGAAUGGUGAGUGUGUCCCAACGGGAGGUGUGUGCGAUGGUGUUGCAGACUGCACAGACAGCUCUGAUGAGGAAGGCUGCUGGCCUCUGCCUGCAGGCACUGGCAGGUAUGGUACGUGGACCCAGCAGGGGGAGGUGCCCUGUGCUGCCUGGGCAUCAGUGGUCUCAAUAUGGCUGCUGCACCAGCAGCCGCAGCCAUCACCUGGAACUGGUUGGAAAUGCAGGUUCUUAGGCCCCACACAGCCCUGCAGGAUGGAACCCAUGGAUGUGUUUUGCAACCCCCCUGCUGAUUCUAACACGAGCUUGAGUAAAGAGCCACUGUUGGGAGCCCUGCCUUUGUGCUUUGUGCCUUGCCUGAAUGCUCCACCCUGGCCCAGAGACCCCCAACCUCCCGAUUGGGUAGGGGGUGUCUCUGAGGCUGCGAGAGCCCCUCUGGUGGUUUGUCUUCCCAGAGUCCAUUCCACAGCCAAGACCCCAGCCCUCUCCAUGCAGUCAGGACAGCUGUCACACCCCCAGCCCGGGGAGAGACUGGCAGAGACUGGACUCUGGCCUGCCCAGCAGGGGUCACUCAUGCCUCCUACAGAGAAGACAGUGAGUCCGGUCCCAGCCCCCGAGGCUCCUCAUCCAGGUUCUGGGGAAUCUGAGCCAACCGUGACCACCGCCCCCACAUCCCAGUCGCGACCCAGAAUGGCUGCUGUGACCAUGCUCCCCCUACGCCCGGUGCCUCCAGGGACCCUGGCUGGCCAGAGCGUCACCCCGGCGCCCUUCCCACUCGUGCGGUGCAGCCCUGGCCAGAUGCCCUGUGAGGUCCUGGGCUGUGUGGAGCCCAAGCAGCUGUGUGAUGGGACGGAGGAUUGCCUCGAUGGCUCUGACGAGAGGCGCUGUGCAAGCCCACUGCCCUUCACGGUGCCCACCACGGCCCUGCCUGGCUUGCCGGCUUCCCAAGCCCUCUGCUCCCCAAGGCAAGUGAGCUGUGGCAGCGGGGAAUGCCUGCCUGCUGAGCAGCAAUGUGACCUGAAGCCCGACUGCCAGGAUGGCUCAGAUGAGGAUGGCUGUGUGGACUGCGUGCUGGCUCCCUGGUCUGGCUGGAGCAGCUGCAGCCACAGCUGCGGCCUGGGCCUCACCUUCCAGCGCCGAGAUCUGCUGCGGCCUCCCCUGCCUGGGGGCAACUGCCUGCUGGAGAGACUCCGCAGCCAGUCCUGCUUCCUGCAGGCCUGCCCAGUGCCUGGGGCAUGGGCUGAGUGGGAGGCCUGGGGACCCUGCAGCGUCUCCUGUGGGGGUGGCCAUCGGAGUCGCCGGAGGAGCUGUGUGGACCCCCCACCCAAGAAUGGCGGUGCCCCCUGCCCAGGGACCUCCCAGCAGAGGGUGCCUUGCCACUUGCAGCCCUGCACAGGCAGCACAGACUGCGGGCUGGGCCAUGUGCAUGUGAGUGCGGAGCUGUGCCAGCAGGGCCUGGUGCCCCCGUGCCCACCCACCUGCCUGGAUCCUGAGGCCAACAGCAGCUGCAGCGGGCUCUGUGUGGAGGGAUGCCGUUGCCCCCCUGGGCUCCUCCUCCUCGACGGCCACUGCCUGCCCCUUUCUGAGUGCCCCUGCCUCGUGGGCGAGGAGCUGAAGCAGCCGGGGGUGUCCUUCCUCCUGGACAACUGCAGCCGCUGCGUGUGUGAGCAGGGGGCGCUGCUGUGUGAGCCAGGGGGCUGCCCCCAGCCCUGUGGCUGGUCAGCCUGGUCCUCCUGGGCUCCCUGUGACCGCUCCUGUGGCUCUGGAAUGAGGGCCAGGUUCAGGUCUCCCUCCAACCCUCCAGCGGCCUAUGGGGGUGCCCCAUGUGAAGGUGACACGCGGGAGCUGCAGGUUUGCCACACGGAGUGUGGUACAGAGGCACCGGGCUGGACGGCCUGGACGCCCUGGACCACCUGCUCUCAAAGUUGCCUUGUCCCUGGAGGGGGCCCAGGCUGGCGCCGCCGUGCCCGGCUGUGCCCCGGCUCUGGAGCCAUACCCUGCCCUGGAGAGUCCACCCAGGAGGAGCCCUGCAGCCCCCCUGUGUGCCCAGUGCCGGCCGGCUGGGGUCUGUGGACUCCCUGGUCAGCUUGUUCAGCCCCCUGUGAUGGAGGUUUCCAGACACGGGGACGGAACUGCUCUGGCUCAGCUCCUGGGGACACAGCCUGCCAGGGGCCCCACAGUCAGACCAGGGAUUGCAACACACAGCCCUGCACAGAUCUGCUGAUCUCCCAUCCAGCCCAGUGCCCAGGGGACAUGGUGUUCCGCUCGGAGGAGCAGUGUCAGCAAGAGGGCGGCCCAUGCACUCGGCUGUGCCUGGCACAGAGCCCCGGGGUGGAGUGCAUGGGAUCCUGUGUCCCUGGCUGCGCCUGCCCCCCUGGCCUCUUCUUGCACAAUGCUAGCUGCCUGCCUCGCGGCCAGUGCCCCUGCCAGCUGCACGGGCAGCUCUACACACCGGGAGCAGUGGCCCGCCUGGACCCCUGCAACAACUGCACCUGUAUCUCUGGCAAGAUGAUAUGUACCUCGGAGCUCUGCCCAGUGGACUGUGGCUGGAGUCCCUGGACCCCAUGGAGUCUCUGUAGCCGCAGCUGCAACGUGGGCAUUCGGCGCCGCUUCCGGGCGGGCACUGCACCCCCAGCAGCCUUUGGAGGUGCUGAGUGCCAGGGCCCCAACAUGGAGGCUGAAUUCUGUAGCCUGCAGCCAUGCCGAGGUCCCAGUGGGGAGUGGGGCCCUUGGACCUCGUGCUCCGUACCCUGUGGAGGUGGCUACAGGAACCGCACCCAAGGCAGUGGCCCGCACAGCCCUAUGGAGUUCUCUACCUGUGGCCUGCAGCCCUGUGCCGGGCCAAUGCCAGGCAUGUGUCCCGGGGACAAGCGGUGGCUGGACUGUGCCCAGGGCCCUGCCUCCUGUGCAGAGCUCAGUGCCCCCAGAGGCGCCAACCAGACCUGCCACCCCGGCUGUUACUGCCCACCAGGGAUGCUCCUGCUGAAUAAUGUGUGUGUGCCGGCCCAGGACUGCCCCUGCGCCCAUGGGGGGCGCCUCCACGCCCCCGGCAGUGUUGUGCUCCGCCCCUGUGAGAACUGCUCCUGUGUGGCUGGGCUCAUCGCCAACUGCAGCUCCUGGCCUUGUGAACAGGGUCAGCCCACAUGGUCACCCUGGACCCCGUGGAGCAUGUGCUCAGCCUCCUGUGGCCCUGCCCACCGCCAUCGGCACCGCUUCUGUGCCAGGACCCCCACCGUGGCGCCGAGCACCAUGGCCCCACUGCCCCCACCAGCCACCCUCACAUCUUUCUGCCCAGGCCCAGAGGCUGAGGAAGAGCCUUGCCUGCUGCCCCCGUGCGACCGAGCCGGGGGCUGGGGUCCUUGGGGGCCCUGGUCCAGCUGUAGCCGGAGCUGUGGGGGAGGCCUGCGCAGCCGGACCCGGGCCUGUGACCAGCCUGCACCCCAGGGCCUGGGGGACUAUUGUGAGGGGCCUCAGGCCCAGGGAGAAGCCUGCCAGGCUUGGCCAUGCCCAGUGACCAACUGCACCACCAUUGAAGGGACAGAGUACAGCACCUGUGGCCCUCCCUGCCCUCGCUCCUGCGAUGACCUAGUGCACUGCGUGUGGCGCUGCCAGCCCGGCUGCUACUGCCCACCGGGCCAGGUGCUGAGUGCUGACGGUGUCAUCUGUGUGCAUCCGGAUCACUGCAGCUGCCUGGACCUGCUGACCGGGCAGCGGCACCGUCCAGGCGCUCAGCUGCUGAGGCCAGACGGCUGCAACCACUGCACCUGCAUGGAGGGGAGGCUGAACUGCACAGACCUGCCUUGCCCAGUGCCUGGAGCCUGGUGCCCAUGGUCAGAGUGGACAGCCUGCUCCCAGCCCUGCAGGGGCGAGAAGAGAACCCGUUCCCGGGCCUGCACCUGCCCUGCGCCUCAGCACGGGGGCGCCUCGUGCCCCGGGGAGGCUGAGGCUGAGCAUCAGAGGGAGGCCUGUCCCAGCCCUGCCACCUGCCCAGUGGAUGGAGCCUGGAGUCCGUGGGAGCCGUGGUCUCCCUGCGACACAUGCCUGGGACUGUCCCACAGGAGCCGGGCCUGCAGCCGGCCCCCCACCUCUGAGGGAGGCAGGCCCUGCCUGGGGGCCCACGUGCAGAGUCACCCUUGUCAGGACAAUGCCACACAGUGCACAGACUGUGGGGGUGGCCUGGCUCUGCUCCCCUGUGGGCGGCCCUGCCCCCGCUCCUGCCAGGACCUGUCCCCUGGGAGUGUGUGCCAGCCAGGCUCAACCGGCUGCCAGCCCAACUGCGGGUGCCCCCCGGGCCAGCUCUUUCAGGACGGGCUCUGCGUGCACCCAGCCCGCUGCCGCUGCCAGUACCAGCCUGGAGCCAUGGGGAUUCCUGAGAACCGGAGUCGUUCAGCAGGGUCCGGGCUCAGUUCUUGGGAAAGCCUGGAGCCUGGAGAAGUGGUGACCGGGCCAUGUGACAACUGCACCUGCGUGGCAGGCAUCCUGCAGUGCCAGGAGGUGCCCAGCUGCCCUGGCCUGGGAGUGUGGGACUCCUGGGGUCCCUGGGAGGAUUGCAGUGUCUCCUGCGGCGGAGGAGAGCAGCUGCGCUCCCGGCACUGUCCCCGACCCCCCUGCCCGGGGAACGCCCGCCAGAGCCGUACUUGCCACACCCAGGUGUGCAGAGAGGCAGGCUGCCCGGCCGGCCGCCUGUACCGCGAGUGCCAGCCCGGUGAGGGCUGCCCCUUCUCCUGUGCCCACAUCACGGGGCAAGUGGACUGCUUCGCCGACGGCUGCGAGGAAGGCUGCCACUGCCCCCAGGGUGCCUUCCAGCACCAGCUGGCCUGCGUGCAGGAGUGCCCCUGCGUGCUGACAGCGUGGCUGCUGCAGGAGCUGGGAGCCACAAGCACCCAUCCUGGGGACUACCUGCCCUUUCUGGGAGAGGAGGCUCAGCCCCUUGGGCCUGGGGAUGAGCUGGGUUCAGGCCAGAUGCUUCGGAUAGGCUGCGGCAACUGCUCCUGUGCACAUGGGAAGCUGUCCUGCUCCAUGGAGGACUGCCCUGAGGCCCGUGGUGGUUUUGGCCCCUGGAGCCUCUGGGGCCCGUGCUCGCACUCCUGUGGCGGGCUGGGCACCCGUACACGCAGCCGCCAGUGUGUGCGCCCCCUGCACCCUCCUGGUGGCCAGGGCUGCCUUGGGCGCCAUCAGGACCUGGAGUACUGCCCCAGCCCGGACUGCCCUGGGGCUGAAGGGUCCACAGUGGAGCCAGUGACGGGCCUUCCAGGUGGCUGGGGCCCGUGGUCCCCGUGGUCCCCGUGCUCCCGCAGCUGCACAGACCCCACUCACCCUGCGUGGCGCAGCCGCAGCCGCCUCUGCCUUGCUAACUGCACUGUGGGGGACCCCACGCAGGAGCGCCCCUGCAACAUGCCUUCAUGCACAGAGCUGCUGCCCCUGUGCUCCGGUCCUGGCUGUGUGCCUGGGAACUGCUCCUGGGCGGCCUGGGGCCCCUGGGCACCUUGCUCACGCAGCUGUGGGGUGGGCCAGCAGCGCCGCCUGCGGGCGUACCAUCCUCCUGGGCCUGGCGGCCACUGGUGCCCGGACAUCCUUACCGCUUACCAGGAGCGCCGCUUCUGCAACCUGCGUGCCUGCCCAGUGCCCGGGGGCUGGUCACGCUGGAGCCCCUGGUCCUGGUGUGACCGGAGCUGUGGAGGAGGCCAGUCCCUGAGGAGCCGCAGCUGCUCGAGCCCCCCACCCAAGAAUGGGGGUGCCCCCUGUGCUGGGGAGAGGCACCACGUCCGGCUCUGCAACCCCAUGCCCUGUGAGGAAGGCUGCCCAGCGGGCAUGGAGCUGGUCACCUGCGCCAACCGCUGUCCCCGCCGCUGCUCGGACCUCCAGGAUGGAGUUGUGUGUCAGGGAGACCAGGCGUGCCAGCCGGGCUGCCGUUGCUCCGAGGGGUCCCUGGAGCAGGAUGGCGGCUGCGUGCCAAUCGGGCACUGCGAGUGCACAGAUGCACAGGGCCACAGCUGGGCCCCGGGGAGCCAGCACCAGGAGGCCUGCAACAACUGCUCCUGCUGGGCCGGCCGCCUCUCCUGCACGGCGCAGCCCUGCCCGCCUCCCACUCACUGUGCCUGGAGCCGCUGGUCAGCCUGGAGUCCCUGCAGCCACUCUUGUGGGCCUCACGGGCAGCAGAGCCGCUUCCGGUCCUCCACAUCAGGUUCCUGGGCCCCAGAGUGUCAGGAGGAGCAAUCACAGAGCCAGCCCUGCCCUCAGGCCCCAUGCCCACCGCUGUGCCUGCAUGGCACCCGCCCCCGAGCCCUAGGGGACAGCUGGCUGCAGGGCGAGUGCCAGCAGUGCUCCUGCACCCCGGAGGGUGUGGUCUGCAAAGAAGACACCAAGUGUGCAGUGCCUGGGACCUGGACCAUGUGGUCCCCCUGGUCCGACUGCCCCGUCUCCUGUGGAGGUGGAAACCAGGUUCGCAGCCGAUCCUGUACGGGCCCGACCCCCAGCCCUGGGGGAACCCCGUGCCAUGGCCCCAACACCCAGACACAACACUGCGGGCAGCAGCCUUGCCUGGACCUGCUGGAGGCCUGCUCCUGGGGCCCAUGGGGGCCCUGUUCCCAAAGCUGUGGCUCAGGCCUGGCCUCCCGCCCUGGGUCCUGCCCCUGCCUGCUGGCUGAGGCAGACCCCACCUGCAAUGGCACCUUUGCCCACCUGGACACCCGAGCCUGCUACCUGGGGCCCUGCCUGGAGCAGUGCAUGUGGAGCAGCUGGAGCAGCUGGACACGCUGCUCAUGCCAGGUACUGGUGCAGCAGCGCUACCGACACCAGAGCCCCACCUCUGGAGAUGCUGGGGCAGGGGCCACCUGCACACGUCUGGAUGGCCACUUCCGGCCUUGUCUCACCAGCAACUGCUCAGAGGACAGCUGCACACCUCCCUUUGAGUUCCAGCCCUGUGGCUCCCCCUGUGCUGGGCUCUGUGCCACACACCUGAGCCAUCAUCUCUGCCAGGACCUGCCGCCCUGCCAGCCCGGCUGCUACUGCCCCAAGGGGCUGCUGGAGCAAGCGGGGGGCUGCAUCCCCCCAGAGGAAUGUAACUGCCAGCACACCUCAGAAGAGGGAGCCGGGUUGACCCUGGCCCCCGGGGACCACCUGCGACUGGGCUGUAAGGAGUGUGAAUGCCAGCAUGGAGCGCUUCAGUGCAGCAGCCAGGGCUGUCAAGGUCUUCUGCCUCUGAGCGGCUGGUCGGAGUGGUCGCCCUGUGGGCCCUGUCUGCCUUCCAGCAUCCUGGCCCCCUCCUCUAGAACCACCCUGGAGGGGCACUGGGCGCUGGACCCAGCCAGUCUCUCCCCAGCCUCGGCUCCCAUGCUGGCUUCGGAGCAGCACCGCCACCGCCUCUGUCUGGACCCUGAGACAGGGAGACCCUGGGCUGGAGCCCCGGACCUCUGCACUGCCCCCCUCAGCCAGCACCGCCUCUGCCCUGACCCUGCGGUCUGCCGUGAUUCCUGCCAGUGGGGUCCGUGGGGGCCCUGGAGCCCUUGCCAGGUGCCCUGCAGUGGGGGAUUCCGGCUGCGCUGGAGAGAGGCAGGGGGCCCCCUUGGAGGAGGCUGUCAGGGGCCAUGGGCUCAGACUGAGAGCUGCAACGUGGGGUCUUGCCCAGGGGAGAGCUGUGAGGCCCGGAACACUGUGGCCACCCUUGACUGUGCCAACCGGUGCCCUCGCAGCUGUAUCGAUCUGUGGGACCGUGUGCAGUGCCUGCAGGGACCCUGCCGCCCAGGCUGCCGCUGUCCCCCUGGUCAGCUGGUGCAGGAUGGGCACUGUGUGCCCAUCUCCUCUUGCCGCUGUGGCCUUCCCAGUGCCAACGCCUCAAGGGAGCUGGUCCCAGCCGAGGUGGUGCAGCUGGACUGCCAGAACUGCACCUGUGUCAAUGGGUCCCUGGUGUGCCCACACCAAACGUGUCCAGUGCUGGGGCCUUGGUCAGCCUGGAGCACGUGCUCAGCUCCCUGUGGUGGGGGUACAAUGAAGCGCCAUCGGAGCUGCCAGGAGCACCCUGGAGGGGCACCAUGCCAGGCCCAGGACACAGAGCAAUGGCAGGCAUGCAGCCUGCAGCCUUGCCCUGAGUGCCCCCCUGGCCAGGUGCUCACGUCCUGUGCCACCUUGUGUCCACACCUCUGCUCCCACCUGCAGCCCGGCACCGUCUGUGUUCAGGAACCCUGCCAGCCUGGCUGUGGCUGCCCUAGUGGGCAGCUGCUGCACAACGGCACGUGUGUGCCGCCCGCUGCCUGCCCCUGCCCUCAGCUCACUCUGCCCUGGGGCCUCAACUUGACCCUUGAAGAGCAGGCCCGGGAGCUGCCCCCAGGGACCGUGCUCACCCAGAACUGCACCCGCUGUGUCUGCCAAGGUGGCACCUUCAGCUGCUCCCUCACCGACUGUCAGGUGUGCCCCCCAGGGGAAAUAUGGCAGCAGGUGGCCACCGGGGAGCUUGGGCCCUGCGAGCAGACAUGCCAGGAGACAAACACCACAGAGGCUCUGAGCAACUGCAGUGCCUCACAGGACCCCGGCUGCGUGUGCCAGCGAGGGCACUUCCGCAGCCUGGCGGGCCCCUGCGUCCCUGCAGACCUCUGCGAGUGCUGGCACCAUGGGCGUCCCCACUUGCCCGGAUCUGAAUGGCAGGAGGACUGUGAGAGCUGCCACUGCCUUAAUGGCAGGAGUGUCUGCGCCCGGCACUGUCCCCUCCUCACCUGUGCUCAGGGCGAGGUGAAGGUGCAGGAGCCGGGGAGCUGUUGUCCCACGUGCCGCCUGGAGGCUCUGGCACCCUGCCGGCACCUCACGGAGCUUCGAAACCUCAGCAAGGGCCCCUGCCACCUGGAUCAGGUAGAAGUGAGCUACUGCAGUGGGCACUGCCCAUCCAGCACCAAUGUCAUGCCUGAGGAGCCCUACCUGCAGAGCCAGUGCGACUGCUGUAGCUACCGCCUGGACCCUGAGAGCCCGGUGCGGAUCCUGAACCUGCGCUGUCCCGGAGGCCGCUCUGAGCCGGUGGUGCUGCCAGUCAUCCACGGCUGCCAGUGCAGCGCCUGCCAGGGAGGUGACUUCUCAAAGCGCUGACAGGCCCCACUCAAUGAGUCUACUGCCGCUGUUGUCCUCUUUGGAUUCUCAUGCCCUGGCCACCUCCUCCCCGGCCUGCCCACCUACCCCUGACCAAGGAUCCAUGCACUAGCAGACCCUAAAUAAAGUGACACUGACAGCA